CUGUUGCCAAACACCGGUGUUUGUGGAGCUUAUUCAGCUUCUUACUGGUAGCAUCAGGCGCUCUGGCUAUAAUUCUGAGAACGGUGGUUGUCUGGAGUGUAUGUUGGUGUGAAAGUGAUCAGUGGUAGAAGCUGCUGUCAGGAAUCUCGAAUAUUUAUCGUCCGGUAACUGAAAAGAAAAUCUUUGAUGAAUCAACAAUGAAAAUACAAACUCGUGGUAUUUUCAUGACCCUGGUUGCAUGCCACUCCAUACGUAUCUCUGUAUGCCAGUGUUACUUGUGACGAUGGAGUACGACGUGUGAGGGAACCUCCUACGACGUGUGUUGAGGCGCCGAGGCAGGCGUCCCAAACCCCCUUGUGUUGAGCGCCGGACUCCACAGUCAUGGCCGAGAAGCAGACCAUUUUGGGGCUGGGCAUCAAGCCCGUGCCCAUGAAGCUGUUUGCCACAUGGGAAGUGGACAGGACACCGUCCAACUGUAUUCCAAGGUAUGUUGGUGCAGUGAGUCGCCAGCCAGGAAGUAUUAAGGUAGGUAACGGCAGACAGCCAGGAGCGGAGCCGGUCUGUGGCGGCGGCGGCGACGGCAGAGGCUCGGGUGUGGCUUGCCGCCCUCCCAAACCAGCCACGCUCGCCCCACUGCUCCCGGAGGCUGUGAACUGGUAUCGUCUGGCGUGGCGUUAUCAUUAUGGCUGUCGGAACUACGUGAUCUCUCGUUAAGCUCCCUAUCUUAUUAACUAUUGAGUUGAUUUUGCCUUGCACUCUUCCUUCUUACGGUGUCUCUCUUCCCCCUUGCAUUCUUCGUCUUCCUCCUCCUUCUCCUCCUCCUCCUCCUCCUCCUCCUCCUCCUCCUCCUCCUCCUCCUUCUCUAACGUCUCACUCUCGUUGGUCUUGGUCUAGGUGGAAUCAGCCAGACAACAUCGCCCGGAGGUUACGGUGACGGUGCUCCACUGAAAUAGUCACAAGAUAAUCCAGUUUGACUUACUAUUCACUAGUGUUCUGGUACAUAUUUAUUAAUUGUGCACCGUUGUUUUAAUUCCUCGUGUUGACAAUAACUGAUUAGAUUGACUUUUAAUAUAAGUCAGAUGAGUCAGUUUGUUAGUAUAUUGUACGAGUAAAUCUUAAAAAAAGACAAUAAAAAGAAAACCAGAGCGAUGUUCUGGUCGUAAUAUCCAAGCAUACUCAAAUGAUACAUACACAUACAGUAUACAUGUACAGGAAUGCUGCUUUUCCUCUUGUAACUCAUCACCACCAUCGCCACCACUAUCAUGUAACGUCUCGUAUUUUGGUUGAAGUAGGAAAAGUUGUGGUGGCCGUUGUGAAAGAGCCAAUACCAUGAAACAGAUAGUCGGACAGACAGCCAGCCGCAGACUCAGAAUGCAUGCAACCGUUUAUAAAAGAGACUGGAGGGCGGGCGAGGGACGAAAGAUUUAUGCGUUACCCAUAAAUUUAAUGAAGAAAAAGAUGCUCCCCCGUAAAUUCCACGUCAAAAAAAAAAAGACAUAAUUUAAAUUAACUUUCUGGGGGAUAAAAGAACUUGAAUUAAUGUCACAUAAUUCAGGAUAAGACUACAAAAAGUAGCUCCAAGAAGACACAUGAUCAUUGAAGUUAAAUUGCAAUGGUUUACUGUAGAAUCAAAGAAUACAGAGCUUUUGAAAUCAGGAUAAGUUACCAAAGAAUUGUGAAGGAGAGAAGCUAAUGAAUGUAUUGAGAGAAGACGUGCUUGUAAUGAGUGUGACUGAGUGCCCAAGACAGAGUUGUUGGAUAAAGUUGAUCUGCUGUAUUAACCUCCAAUGGAAGGAGCAGAAACAAAAUAAAGAGGUCAGAUUUGUAAAGGAUAGAUGAGUAGACAGAGAUGAAUGGGAAAGAUUGAAUGAAACCAAAGAUGCUUAUGAUAAUAACGUUGAUGAAGACAGUUUAUAGAAGUGUCCUCCUUUCCUACUAAGGCCUAUAUUAACAUUGGGUUCCCUGUGAAAGAAUGUUUGCAUGAAUAGGAAUUUAAAAAGUCUGAUUUCGUCUUUUAUUGACUAAUAAAAAAUAAAAUAUACUGUCUAGCACACAAUAAAUAUCUAUAAAUUUGUAGGAGUGGAAAUAUAAAAUAGAUAUUUUCAAAGAUUACAAAAAUGGUUAGUCUCAAUUCCAGUGAUAUUAACCUCAUUCGUAUUGCAGAGGACGUAUUAAACCAAUUAAAAGAAUUAUCCUUGGAAACCCUAUCAACUUCCAAUAGAUCCUGUUAAAAAUAAUCGAUGUGAGAUGGUGAAACAUUUGAAAAUAUUUAGACCGAUUAAAUAUUACACGUGACAAAAGCAAGACAUCAACAAUGAAAAACUAACAGUACCACCACCAAUAAAAACCGCAACAGUAUUUUAAUAAAGUCAGUGCAGGUUUCAUCGGGGCGAGUACCACUAAACCCCUAAACACUGACAAAUAGUGAGGACGAGGCGAGAAUCGAGAGAUCCCGAGGGAGGCAUUAAUUUUCCUUCCUCUCUUGCCCUUUCUCCUCCCAACCCAGCCUCUCCUCACCUUGACCCAGACAGGUGUAGGGCAGGUGUGGCCGUCAGGGUGAUGUAUGAGAGAGAGAGAGAGAGAGAG